GAAAAGAAAACGGGCUGAUGAGCAGGAGUCGCCCUCUUGGAUCCAUCAUGGGAAGGAUGCUGCACUCAGGACAAGCAGGUGUACUGAGCGGAGUGGAGGCGCAGCGCGCAGAGCGAGGAGCGACGCACCACCACCGCUGAGCCUCAACACCUGCUCCAAAAGGAAACCCCCCCACUUAUUAUUAGAGAUGCUGCCGGUUAACACCCGUCUUCUUUGUCUUCUUCUUGUCCUGAAAUAACUGGAUUUUUUCUGCACAACUUCAAUCUAACCAGAAGAAUGAGGGCGCCGUGACACUGACGAAUGCGCAGCUCAUUUGGAAAACACUGUAGUGACAAAUAAACCUCAAGGACCGGUCUGUUUGCUUGUCACACGGCUGCUUGACUGAAAUCAAUCUUGUUGCUUACCAAGGACAUAAUAAUCUGCAAGGAUGCCCGGGGCGCUACUUUCAGCGGAGACACUCUACAUUGGAAUGGAGGUGCUGAUUGCUGUGGCGUCAGUAAUCGGGAAUGUGAUGGUGGUUUGGGCGGUGAAAAUUAAUAAAUCGUUGCGAGACAACACGUUUUGUUUCAUUGUCUCACUGGCUCUGGCGGAUAUUGCGGUGGGAGCCCUCGUCAUCCCUUUGGCCAUUACUAUCAGCAUCGGACUUCAAACUCACUUUUACAGCUGCCUGCUCGUGGCGUGCACGGUGCUGGUGCUGACGCAAAGUUCAAUCCUGGCCCUCUUGGCUAUUGCAAUUGACCGCUAUCUCAGGGUCAAGAUCCCCACCAGGUACAAGCGGGUGGUGACUCCUCGGCGAGCGGGGCUGGCGGUGGUGGUGUGCUGGACGGUGGCGUUCAUUGUGGGGCUCACUCCCAUGUUGGGCUGGAACAACCUGAAACGCCUCCAGCAGAACGGCUCCAUCAGCUCUGACCUCAUCAUCACCUGCCGGUUCGAAAACGUCAUCAGCAUGGACUACAUGGUCUAUUUCAACUUCUUCGGCUGGGUGCUGCCGCCGCUGCUGCUCAUGCUGGUCAUCUAUGCAGAGAUCUUCUACAUGAUCCACAAGCAACUCAACAGUAAGAAAUUCACCACCAGCCACACGGACCCCAACAAGUACUAUGACAAGGAGCUGAAUCUGGCCAAAUCUCUGGCUCUGGUCCUUUUUCUCUUCGCCAUCAGCUGGCUGCCCCUCCACAUCAUCAACUGCAUCACCCUUUUUUGCCCUGACUGCAACACACCCAUAGUACUCCUCUACAUCGCCAUCCUGCUCACCCACGGCAACUCCGCCGUCAACCCGAUUGUCUACGCUUUCCGCAUUAAGAAGUUCCGCUCAGCCUUCCGGAAAAUCUUUCAGCAGUACUUCUGCUGCAAGGACACGCCGGCUCUGGAGAUUCAGCCCAGCGACAGGAAGGAGAUGCCCAAUGCAGAGACACAGCAGACGCCACCAAUACAACCCCCUCAGAAAGAAGUCCCUAAAUCGGAUCCACCACAGCAGGAGCAGCAGCCUCCACCUGAGCAGGACGAGAAGACCGAACCAGCUCAACAACCGAAAGAACAUCCACCCUUGUUGGAGCAGAAUACAGUCUAAGCAAAGGAAUAGAGCUAUUGGCUGGAGAAGUAAUGAUCAGAGCACAAGGCUCGUUCCUAAAUGAAUGCGGCCUAAUGAGGAGCAUGAAUUGCUACACAGGGCUACAAUGCUUCAGUGAUUGAGGUCACUAAAAGAUCAUUUAUCUUUACUCAGGAGGGUUGUAUUUACUGAAAGUUUGGUUGGAGCAAACAAACAAAAAAAAGGCAGAAAAGGGUACCUGUAAACUUGCAAUAACGGAAGUCUUUUGGACAGUGACUCUGUGUUUAUCUUAGUAACAGACUGAACACAUUAAGCUUUAACUGUUUUCUGCAUUACGGUGAAACAGUUGAGUGAACAUUACAAAAUGUGCAAUAUCAGUUAUUGUGGUUGAUCAGUAUCAGAAUAUCAAAUGCUAGAACUUGCUUAUACAUUCACUCGAGCAGGUUAAUCCUAACUACUGUGUAUGUAGAAACUGACAGUGGCUAAAAGAAUGUAAUGAUGUAAAUACGAGACUGUAGCAUCACAGAUGUGGAUGUUCAUCUCUUCUUCAGGGUCUUAAUUGCACAACAGCGAAGUGGCACUAUCGGAAAAGACUUUUGGAGCAUGGAGGUGCGUGUGUGUGCUGACAGAAGGCUUGUAUAACCCCUGAACUCCUCUCCGCUGGAGCUGAGUCCCUCUGUGACCCAACAGCACUGAUCCAUUGCAGACGAGAUGGACACCGAUAACGAAACAAGCAGAUGGAGGGAAUGGGAUAUUUUAACCUUUUAGAAGCUGCGUGCAGGAGGCUUGUAGCUGCAGGACGACAGCAAUUCAUGUGGGAGAAACACACGAUGCACUUAAAGCCCAUCUUUAUCCAGCCUUAAUGCUAGCUGCUGGUGAGAGCCGGGCUUUUUGCUUUUUUUUCCCCUCGCUACAUGGAGAGAAAAUAACGUUGUCACAACUUACCACCAGAGACGGCAGCUUCUACAGCCUUAUUCACUGCUUUAAUGAGUGUGGACUGAACUCUUAAACUGACCCAGAAAUGACAACCUGAAGAUUGUGAGUAUUUGCUGCUCUGUAAGCUCAACAUUUUGCAUUAUUGCCAAACUGGGGCAUCUGUAGAUUAGCAAUUAAACUAUGUUCAAUGCCACUCAUUCAAAAAC